CCAAGCGCGCGCGCGCGCCACGCCACCGCACCCCAUCUUUUCUUCGCUCACCUUCCCCGCUCCUGCCCGUCUUCCCUUCCCGAUCUCCAGUCUUCUCCCCUCAAAAUCAGCGCCAGCCCCAGCCGCAGCUGCAGUCGGGAUCAGUUCGCUGCCCCUAGCUAGAUAACCUCGCUCGCCUGCCUCGCCGAGGACGACGGCGCGCGGCCGCGGCGUCACGAGACUCGGAAAGCCGCGCGGCGCGAACAUCUUUUUUUUCUAGGAGAGGUGGUUUUGCGAGAGGAAGAGGAUGGCGCGCGGCAGCUCCUGGCGGCUCGCGGUGGCCGGCGUCCUCGUCGCCGUCUGCGCGGCGGCCGCCCUCGCGCCGCCCGCCGCCGCGCUCGACAUCGGCAUCCAGUCCGCCGGCGACGGCGCGAGCAAGCAGCAGGCGUGCAGCCGCACGUGCGAGUCGGACCACUGCACGACUAAGAGCGUUCGACGGCUGAUCUGCACAGCGCCGCCGUUCCUGCGCUACGGCAAGUACUGCGGCAUCCUCUACAGCGGCUGCCCCGGCGAGGCGCCGUGCGACGCGCUGGACGCCUGCUGCAUGCACCACGACAACUGCGUCCAGGCGAGGAAGGACUACCUGAGCACGGGGUGCAACGAGGCGCUGCUGGACUGCCUGGCGAGGCUGCGGGAGGGCACGUCCACGUUCGAGGGCAACAAGUGCAUGAUCGACGAGGUCAUCGACGUGAUCUCGCUCGUCAUCGAGGCCGCCGUCGUCGCCGGCAGGGUGCUGCACAAGCCGUAGCGCGCGGUGGGCGUGGAGCACAGUGCUUGCUUGCGCGGUAGGUGGGUGGUACAUCUUUUGCGUGCUCGGUGUAGGGUGGUGGUGGUGUUGGUGUGAUGGUGUCCUGGCCGGUUGCUGGCCGGGGGCCCGACGGCCCGGGCCGCGUCGGCUCACAUGGCGGCUUGCGUCGUGCGCUAGCUAGUGGCUCUCCCAGCCCGGCCAAAACUUACGACAAGCUAUAUGACGGGGGCAAAAAAAGAAAACUUGGAUUGGGUGUUUUUGGCUCAAUGUCAGCUCAUCAGUGUCACUGUAUUUUACUGUAUAAGUAUAAAGAAAGCUUGCUCGUGCUGGUUUUGGUUUUGGUAA